AUGGCCGUCGUGCUUGGAGGUGCUGAAGCGAGCCCCCUGUCUUGGGAUGGCUAUGGAUGGCUUGCCUGCGCACCUGUUCCCGUUCCCGUCUUUUGCUUUUUUCCUGCGCUUGGAGGCUUGGACGACCCCAGGAAUGCUCUCCCCCACAGUAUCAAGGGAGUCGACGGUCAGCCCAGCCUACCGUGCAACUCGAUCAGGAGUCAGUGGAGUAACAGCAUUGGGCGAUCCCUCCAGUCCCCCCAGUCCCCCCCGGGUCCCCCCAUACAGAGCCAGCUGGCCCCCUUAUCUCUCUCCCCCAGCUUUAGCCCACAGCCACACUGCGUUGGAGUCAGCUCAUCUGCAACGUUGCACCAUCUGACCCGACUGCCUCACUCUUACGCAUCCACAUCCACCACGCAGUCCACCGACGGACAAGACUAG